UUUGACAUUCCACGAGAAACUUCGACAUUCAGCUUCGUCAAGGUCAGCAUCAACAUCGACAGCACCGCAACCAGUCACCAUGUCGUCCGCCAAAGUCAAGACCGGCCAGCUCUGGGGCAAGAGUAAAGACGACCUCAUGAAGCAGCUCGAUGAAUUGAAGACUGAGUUGGGCCAGCUCCGUGUUCAGAAGAUCGCUGGAGGUUCUUCCUCGAAACUCACCAGAAUCCACGAUCUCCGCAAGUCCAUUGCAAAGGUCCUCACAGUCAUCAACGCGAACCAGCGCUCGCAACUCCGCCUUUUCUACAAGAACAAGAAAUACCUCCCACUUGACCUCCGAGCAAAGAAGACCCGCGCCAUCCGACGACGACUCACCCCUCACCAAGCUGCUCUCAAGACCGAGAAGCAGAAGAAGAAACUGAUGCACUUCCCCCAGAGGAAAUAUGCCGUUAAGGCAUAAAUGUCUCUUUUUCUCUUCUGGUUCAAAGUUUCAAAAAGCGGCGCAUUUCCCCCUUGGUUGAGCUUGCUGCGUCUUUACGAAUAGCUGUGGAUGUAUCAAUAGAAGAUGCAAUGACGCAGCAAUUAUGAAAAAAAUGGAAAAUAAUAUUUUCAAAUUCAGCUCCUCCUACGAUUCCCCGACGUAUAACUCGUUUUUUUAAUAUGCUGGGGAGGUGCGCGCUUUUUAUGCGUGGGCCAACCGGUUGCCUGGAUAUGACUCGACGAGAGUUUUGUCCGUUAUAGAUACCACUGCGUUUCGGUAGUUUCCUCUACUAUU